GGAGGAUAAGCACUCUAACCCUGUCAUAUUUUUCUUGCUGAUAGGUUCAAUCUUUCGCUCCAAAGAGCGAGAGGACACCAUUGUGGUGGUGGCCUUUGCUCUCAUUAGUGAAAAUUCCACGCAAAACUCCACGUAAAGCCAUCUUAUUUGAUCUAAUAAUUCAACGCCUUCCCUCAUCAAAUUAAAAGGCCUUCUACCCUUUACCUCAGUUCCUAUACUGACACCCCAUUCGGUCAGAUUCCAUUUCCUAAAAUGAUACACCAGGAAAUGGAUAUUGAUCAUGAGUGGGUUUUCCUGCCUGAUAAUGGAUUCCGGGAUAUCAAUCAGGAUGGUGAGAAAAAGGUCCAUGGAGGAAAAAGAAGUUCUGACACAAAACUUGUUUUGCUGACAGACUACUUCGACAUGGAACAGCGUCCACCAUCAGGAAAUUCGAUGAGGGUACCUAAACAGGUUGUUCCAGUUUCAUUUCCAUUGGAGCCAAGAAUCUUGAAGGCUCCAGAAAAUGCGCUGGGGAAGGAAACUACCACAUGGGUACCUAUUAGUGUCACUUCUACCCCAUCCAUGAUCCCCGAAAAGAUCAAAGAACCGGAUAUUGGAUCAGUUGAAGCUGAUAAAGAAGUGAAGACACAAGUUUCCUUUAGGAAACCAACUUACAAUGAAUCUGUCGACAUGACCCAAAAGAUGGACUCACCAAAGUCCACUACUAGGGGAGUUAUUCCUCAAAUUGAUUCUGCAGGUACGUUUAAUUUUGAUGACAAAAGUGAGGUUUUGGAGAAUAAGAGUUCCCCAAGAAGGAAAGAUUUGGUGGAAAAGAAAGUUGAGAACGAAGAUGUCACCUGGGAGGAGAAUUCUGGCGGCCUUAAUUUAUGGAAAUGGAGCUUAACUGGUAUUGGAGCCAUCUGCUCUUUCGGUGUUGCUGCUGCUACCUUUUGUAUCAUCAUACUGGGAAGUCAACAAAGACACAGACAACAGCAGCAAAACCAGAAGCUGUCGUUCCAGCGUUACGCUGAUGACAAGGAGUCCAAAUUUAAAAGCAACACAAUUUCUUGCAAAAUUACAGUACAUCGAAAGUACUAGAAGGGUGUGAGCAAAUUUUGGCCCCCAUUAGCUGAAGCAAAUUAUUGUGAUUGUAGAGGAUGAAGCAAGUGGUUCAGCAUGUAACCAAACUUAAUGAAGCAAUUUCUGCAGUUAGAGGAGGUCCAACCACCAGAGCUCGCAUAACCUAUGGUGGUUACUAUGAUGGUCUCUGAAGCACUGCCUUUGUAGAGAAUCCCGGACCCCUUCACCUGCUUGAUCAACUGUUUGUGAAGUGUCAUGGAUUUGCUAUGCCAGUUUCUACAAGAUUCAUAUAGGGUCUCUGUUUUUGUACAUAUAUAAAGGGUAAUAUGGAUCCUUAUUGUAUAGUUUCUGAAUCCUGUUUGUAUUCCUGAGUUUGUAUAUUGCUGUGUCUAUAUUUAGUCACUUAAUAGAUAUGCUGGCAUACUUAGAAUAAUUUUAAUUAGUGGGAGUGACCUUAGUGAAAUGUCUACAAAUUCCAGCACUUGCUAAAGUAUGAUCAAAGGAAUCAAAAUGAGGGCAGCAAUUGUCAUGACAAUAUAAAUCUACCAAGAUUAUUAUUAUUAUUACUA